CCAAGAGAUUAAGCCAUUCGUUACUAAAAGAACAGCAGCAAUGGCUCCCAAAUUUUCCUAUCUUCUUGCAACCUUCCUUCUACUGCUCUUUUCAAUCCAGCUCUUUAUAGCUCAGUCUGAAGGUCAUGAGGGGAAAACUCUCAAAUUUCUUCAAAGCCUAAAGGAAGUCCAAAAGGGCCAAAAUGUUGUUGGCCUUAAGGAGGUCAAGAAGCACCUCAGGAAAUUUGGAUACUACCCAAGUGAUGAUACCAAUAAUCUAACUGACGAUUUCGAUGACCUUUUGGAGUCUGCACUCAAAACUUACCAAAAAUUUUACAAGCUAAAGGUCAGGGGAAGUCUUGAUUCUGCUACCAUCAAGAAUAUGAUGAUCCGACGAUGUGGAGUACCUGAUCUCACCAAUCUCACAUCCUCAUCAAAACCAACCAGCAGCAGCCACCACAAGUCGAAAAUGUUCCACAUGGUUUCACACUAUGCUUUUCCCGAGGAAAUACGAAGAUGGCCAUCUUCUAAGUAUCAACUCACCUACACGUUUCGCUCUGGAGUUCAAAACCCAAAUGAGGCAGACAUGAGGUCUGCGUGCUCGCGAGCUUUUCAGAGAUGGGCAAGUGUUUCCCAAUUCACUUUUCAAGAAGCAUCUACAGGUUCGAAUGCUGAUAUUGUAAUCGGUUUUUAUAGAGGUGAUCAUGGAGAUAGAGAUGCUUUUGAUGGGCCUCUAGGAAAGGUGCUGGCUCAUGCAUUUUAUCCCCAAGAUGGAAGAUUCCAUUAUGAUGCAGAUGAGGAUUGGAGUAAUAAUCCCAACAUGAACCAAUUUGACUUGGAAUCUGUGGCUGCUCAUGAAAUUGGUCAUCUUCUUGGGCUUGCACACAGUCAGGAUUCAAAUGCCAUUAUGUAUUCAAUAAUUCCAAUAGGGACUAUCAAAAGGGAACUCACCCAAGAUGAUAUUGAUGGCAUACAUGCUCUCUACCCUAAUUAAUCAACCAUAAUCUUUGUUUUACAUGGAAUAAUCAAAAAGCAAUUAAUUCACGUGGUCAUGUUUAAUUAUCAAAUAUGAAAGGAUCUUAAUCCAUAUACAAUGGAUAUUAUUUUAAAUUUCAUAUUUCAAUAUCUGCUAUUCUAAGCUUAAUAAAAGUGCCUUUCUUUUUAA